AUGCCUCCGCAGCUCGGUGACAAUCCUUCCUACCGAGAUGAGGAAAACGACGACGAGGAGCGCGACCUGCUCGACGAGGGCCGUCGACGAGCGGGACGCAUUUUAGGUGGCUUCAUUGAUUUCGCCUUUCAAGGCAACGUCCUCGAGAUUGCAUUUGGCCUGAUUCUCGCGUCAAUGUUCACUGCUGUCGUCACUUCCUUUGUCAGCGAUAUCCUGCUGCCCCCGCUCUCUGUGCUGCUGCCGCUGAACAAGAAUUUGGAGGAGAAGUUCGCCGUGCUGCGAGCCGGCCCGAAUGAGCCUUCUGAUGGCGGGUAUAACACGCUGAAGCAGGCGCAGGAGGAUGGCGCCGUUGUGAUGGCUUACGGAUUCUUUGUUAACCGACUUUUGAAUUUCAUGGGCGUCGGGUUUUCACUGUAUGGCCUGGCGGCGCUGUACCAAUAUCUCUCGAAAGAUCCCAUCAUCAAGCACACGGUCAAGUGCCGGUACUGCCGUAAGAGGAUUAACGACAAGGCUUUGCGUUGCGUCAAUUGCAGCAGCUGGCAAGACGGCAGGGAGGAUCGGACUUAG